CAGCGGCAGUCCAUCGAUUGGCCUCGGAAAUCGGACCCUCGCCGCAGUUUGUUUUCACCAGAACCUUCAGCGGAGCAGGGCUGAGGGUGCGCGCCGCCAGCAGUGAGUCAAGUAUUUGCCAGGCUCGGGCCACUGUGAUGAUCUAUGAUGAUGGCAAUAAGAAGUGGCUUCCUGCAGGUACUGGACCACAGGCUUUUAGCAGAGUUCAGAUCUAUCACAACCCAACCAACAAUGCCUUCAGGAUAGUGGGACGAAAGAUGCAGACAGACCAGCAGGUGGUAAUAAACUGUCCAAUAGUAAAAGGUUUAAAGUAUAACCAAGCCACACCUAACUUUCACCAAUGGCGGGAUGCUCGACAAGUCUGGGGGCUCAACUUCGGUAGCAAGGAAGAUGCGGCUUUAUUUGCCAAUGGCAUGGCCCAUGCUCUUGACGUGCUUAACUCCAUGGCAGAUGCAGGUUAUGCAACACUUCCUCGAGCAGUGGCAAAUGGGCCAUCUCAAGAGGAGAUUGAACAACAACGAAGAUUGGAGCAACAACGAUUGGAGCAGGAGCGCCUGGAGAGAGAGAGACAGGAGAGAGAGAGACAAGAGCGUGAACGUCAAGAAAGGGAGAGACUGGAGAGAGAGAUGUUGGAAAGAGAGAGACAAGCAGCUGCAGUCAUGGCUCCUCCAGCCCCUCCACCUCCACCCAUGGCCCCAGCAGCUCCUGCCCCACCACCUGCCCCCCCUGCACCUCGCCCCUCCAGCCCCCCUCCACCACCAGGCCCACCUGCAGCACCCUCUGGGGGCAUUCCUCCGCCCCCAGGACCCCCUCCUGUAGGGGGAAUCCCACCUCCUCCACCGCUGCCCUCUGGCGGUGGUGGAGGGGGGGGUGGACUGGGAGGAGGGGGAGGCUUGGCAGCAGCUUUAGCAGGAGCCAAGCUACGGAGAGUUUCAAAGCAGGAGGAUUCAUCACCGGUAUCAACAGGCCGAGGUGAUGCCAGUCGCAGCAGCAACUCUUCAAUUGGUGGAGGAGGAGGAGGAGAUCUGAUGGGUGAGAUGAGCGCCAUCUUAGCACGAAGGAGAAAAGCUGCAAAUGCUGGAGAGAAGGCACCUGUGAAAAAACAAGAAAAUAACGAUGAUUCAGAAUCUCCCAGUCUAAAUGACUCAACGGUCAGAAGACCUUGGGAGAAAUCUUCAACGAUCAGGAAUAACUCCAUCAGCAAGAACAUGGACUCCGUUUCCCAAAGUUCCAGACCAAAGCCAUUAGGCAACAAUGACUCAGGUGGUGGUUUUGAUGACUCUGAAUUAGAAAAACUGAAACAGGAGAUCCUAGAAGAGGUGCGAAAAGAAUUGCAGAAGGUUAAAGAAGAGAUCAUUGGAGCUUUUAUUCAGGAGCUACAAAAGAGAGGCACGUAAUUGUGGCGUCAGGUGUAACGGAGAGUGAGAUAAAAUGCAGUUCCGGGCUUUUGAAAUCCAUCUUCAUUGCGCCUUCCCGAGGAGCCCAGGAAUGUCUCAUUUUCUCUUGGACACUCAAACUUGAUGAUGCUCUGUUCCACAAACACAUGUGAGCAGACCAAUGCUUAUGUGUACUAUAUCAUGCAAAAUCACUUCAUGUAAACAGUAUCUCGGGGCACUUCCUCAGCAUUCACCAAUACUGCACCGGCAAUGCCACAUGUCCUUGUUUUGUAAGUUCCUCUUGUGCUUUUGAUGAUUAAAACAACAAUUCAGGCCAUAGAGCAAUAGGCACAGCUUCCUUUUCCAUUUGUUGAAAUGUACAUUCGGCAUAAAAAUGUCUUGCUCAAAAUUUUUGCAAUUCAUUUUUUUUGUUAUAAGGCCGACUUUAAUCAGGUUUUUCUAUUCAGGGAUCAUGUAUGACCAUAUUUACUGUAAGAACAAUAUGCUGGCAUGCUGUGAUUUUCAACUGAUUUUUAUUGCAUUUUCUAAAAUCAACCACUGCUACAGAACUGCUACAAAACUUGGAAAUGUACAGAAAGGUUACCAGGUGAAAUGGAGAAAGGAAAGCACACAAGAUGCACCAGCACCUGAGAUGCCAUUGAUCAAAGAGCAACUUUGGACAGCAAAUACCAGUUUGUGAAAAAAUAACCUAGACCCUAACUGCUGUAUUAGAGGUGCUGUAUAUGGAGGAGACAGGCAAAGGGAAACUGACGGUGAUAAUGAGUGUUUUUUUGUAGUUUUAUGAUGUGUCUAUGCACUUGUUUUGGAGGACGUUUGUGUGCGUGUGUCACACUGCCUUGAUAGACUAUUCCCUUACACAAAAUGAGAUAUUUCUUCUGGCCAGUGGUAUUUUACUGUGCUUCAUAUUUCCAUUCUAGUUGUUUUCAAAUGUUAUUCAGAUAUUGAUAUGGCCAAGAAUAGGUCAAUUUGUUUGGCCAAGACCAACUGCCUUCAGAAUAAAUAUAUAAAUGUAUAUGUAUAUGGAAAUAUCUAUCUUUUGAGGGAAAUUAAAUGGUGUUUAUUUUAAUUGAAUUGCCUGGUGAAUGGGUAUUUGGUUCAUUGUUUUCUUAUGAGAUGUUAUUUUGGGUGUACUACUUUUUUUUUCUAUAGUCUAGGCUUUUUACACUGAAAAUAAAGAAAACAGCUUAGAGACACUGGAUUAGAAAUGCCUUUAUAGUCGAAUACAGCUGCUUUUUAAAAUGCA